CUAAAAAAAUGACCAUAAAUUAAUUUGCAUACAAACAUAUAGUACAAAUAAAUAAUUACGUGGAGUCUGCAACAUCACGUUUUAUGGCUUUUGUGGAAAAUUUACGGCUGUAUUUGUGCUUCCGAUAACAUUAUGUAUAAAUACCCGGCAAAAAAAAGAAAUAAUCAUUACUUUCUUACACACUCAACAGUAACCAUUAAUCAUGAAGAAGUUUUUAGCAGUUUUCACUUUGGGUUUAAUCUCAUUUGCUUCAGCAGCAGAAGAAGAAAUCCUUCCGAAAUGUUUUGCAAAUCAAGUCUUUAGUUACUGUAACACGGCUUGUCCCGAUUAUUGCAAUAAAGGCGAUGAUUUAGAAAUUUGCACCGAGCAAUGUGUAAUCGGUUGUAGAUGUGCCCCUGGUUAUGUUAAGGAGUAUAUCGAUUCGGAUAAUUGCAUCUUGGAAAAAGAUUGUCGUAGAGUACAACGAUGCGGACGCGACAAAACUUAUUAUCAAUGCGGUACCGCAUGCCCAAGAUAUUGUGGAGGACCCACAGAUGAAAUUUGUACCAAAAAUUGUGUUCAAGAAUGCCAAUGUAAACCGGGAUAUAUUAGGAGAUCAAAAGAAUCCAAUGAUUGUAUUCCUUACAGUGAAUGUCCUGAUUUUCAAGUUUAAUUUUUCAAUCGUUAAAAAUAUGAAAAGAUGUAUUAAAUGAAUAAAAUAUAUUAUAUUA